GAGCCCUGGAGCAGGCUGCCCUGAGAGGUGAUGGAAUCUCUAUCUCUGAAGACAUUCCAAACCCUUCUGGACAUGUUCCUGUGUGACCUUCUCUCGGUGACCCUGCCUUGGCAGCGGGAUCGGACUCGACCGGCAGAAGUCCCUUCCAAACCCCUACCAUUCUCUGAUCAUUCAGUGUAUCCUUUUGCAUUCAGCGUCCCCUUGGGCAGCCCUGGGCCUCUCUUGCUUGUUUUUGAUCCAUUCAUCCCCCUUUCCGCCUUGCUCUGGAGCUGUCUCGCCGUGGCUGGGCUGGGGGGUCGGAGCCUCGGUGUUAAGCCGGAGCCGUGUCGGUUCCGCGGCUGCGAGCAGUAAGCGCCGUGCUGGAGGGGGACGUGGGUCGUGCUUUGCACAGCGCAGUAACCUCUGCUCCGGGCGAGCAGGCUGAGAAAUCAACUCCUGGCCGGGACCCAAGCACAACACGGGAUUAACUUUGCCCUGAGCUGCUUUGUGGCUGUUAAGAGUCAGCGACAGCAGCCAGCCCGGGCACUCCGGCAGGAGCCGUGCCCGCAGACAUGGGAGCCAAGCUGCGCCUGCUCUGCCUCACCGCUGCCCUCCUCGCCUACUGCUUCUACGUCCCUCUGCCCGAGGACUGCGAGGAGCCCUGGAAGAUGAUGCUGACGCUGGCUCCCUUCAGGAUUGCUGAGCAUCUGGCUGCCGCCGCUGAGUGGUUGGGUCUGAUGCACUACAUGGAUGCGAUGCAGCUCAUGGGGAGGGCAGAGUACAUCGCGCCCACCUCCGACCAGAACGUCACCGUGACGGACACCAGCUUCAGCGGCGUUCCUGUGCGCCUCUUCGUGCCCAGAAAGGAGGCUGCGGGGCUGAGGAGGGCAGUCCUCUACUUCCAUGGUGGAGGAUGGUGCGUGGGAGAUGCAGGCAUGAAACCCUAUGAUCACCUGACAAGGUGGACUUCAGACAAGUUGGAUGCUGUGGUGGUGUCAGUCAACUACAGGCUGGCACCCAAGCACCAUUUCCCUGCUCAGUUUGAAGAUGUGUAUUCGGUGACCAAGUUCUUCCUCCAGAGCAAGGUCCUCUCCCAGUACCAGGUGGACCCAAAUCGAGUCUGUGUGGCAGGAGACAGUGCAGGUGGCAACUUGGCUGCAGCUGUGGCACAACAGCUGUCGGAGGACCCUGAAGUCAAAACCCAGCUGAAAGCCCAAGCCUUGAUUUACCCUGCCCUGCAAGCCCUGGACCUGCUUUCGCCAUCCUACAAAGAGAACAAGGACGAUCCCCUUCUGUCCAGGCCCCUCAUGGUCAGGUUCUGGAGCGAGUACUUCACCACGGACCCAUCCCUGCGGGAAGCGAUGGCCUCCAACCGGCACGUCCCAGCCUCGGCCAGCCACUUGUUUGAGUUUGCCAACUGGAGCAGCCUGCUGCCAGCCGAGAUGAGGGAGGGCCACCCCUACACCACCCCCGCCUACGGCAGCCCCGAGCUGGCCCACAAGUACCCAGGGUUCCUGGACGUGCGGGCAGCCCCACUGCUGGCCAGCAGCGCCCAGCUGCGCCGCCUGCCCCUCACCUACGUCCUGACCUGCGGGCGCGACGUGCUGCGCGACGACGGCCUCAUGUACGCCGCGCGCCUGCGGGCAGCGGGGGUGCCCCUCGCCCACCACCACUUCCAGGAGGCCUUCCAUGGGGCCAUCACGGUCACCUCCAUCCUGGGCGAGCUGGCGGUGGGGCACAGGCUGCUGAACAGCUACAUCAAGUGGUUGGAUGAGAACUUGUGAGGCGCAGGGGUCGCUGCUAGGUGGCCUGGCUGCUGCCCCUUGGCACCGCGAGGAGCGGAGGAGCUGUGUGAUUGCCCUCUGCCUCGCGCUGCCCUGCGCUGCCCGCACCGCAGCGCUUCUGCACCCUCUCUGCCAGGAAAAUCAAUCUGAUUCUGACCCCAGUGUUCUUCCAGUGCUGUCCUCUGAGCCCCACGGACCGUCAGGGCUGCCCUGGCACUUCUCUCCUGGCCAGGACCAGAAGGGUUGGUGUGCCCGAGCCCCAGCUGGCACUGUCCUGUGUCAGUUGCUUGGUUUCUUCCUCUUGCAGUGUUUUCAUGCCCUCAGGCUGGUGCAAAUGGACAAGAUCACUCUCUGCACGUGCUUUGGCCAUUCAUUCCCUGUCCCUUCUCCCAUGGGACGUGCUGGUGACAUCCCGCUGCUGCCGUUGGGUGUUGGGGCAAGCAGAGGUGCAGGGACCCAGCUCCACAAGCCAUGAGGCAGCUGGUGAACAUGCCCACUGGUGCCUGGCCUUGUGCUGUCAUAGUAUCAUAGAAUCAAGCAGGUUGGAAGAGACCUCCGAGGUCACCCAGCCCAACCUAGCACCCAGCCCUGGCCAAUCAACCAGACCAUGGCACUAAGUGCCCCAGCCAGGCUUUGCUUCAACACCUCCAAGGACAGCGACUCAUCUCUCUCCAGCACAGCUCAAGGGAAGCACCUGGAGGUGGAGUGGAACAGCUGUGACAGCACAAACGUUUUGGGAGCCUUGGUUUUGUUUGGGUUUUUUUUUUUUUGGUGGAUUUGGUUGGGUUUUUUUUGUUUUCUAAAGCAUCCUUCUUGCUCAGUAACUGCUUUCUUUAAUCCCUGUUGUAGAAGGAGACAGUGGAACAGACAGCACUGGGUGCUGCUCAGGCAAAGGAAGGCUGGGGAGGUCCUAACCUUCCAGCAGCCCUGCUCUGCUUACCAAAUCAGCUGUGUAUUAUCAGCUCCAAUCACCCUGAAAUCAUUCAGCAGUUGUUAGAGAUGAAGGUUUUUUUUUCUUUCUAGCCCUGGCCAAGAAACAAAAACCCUCUCCAAGUGAGGCCUAAAUGUUCUGUGUGCUGGCUGGCUUCUGGCUUUGAACCAGCCACAGCCACCAGGGAAGUGCCCAUGGAGCACCGAGCUUUGCAGUUGGGCACUGAAGGCUCAGGGAUCCUCAACGGUGCUGGGGCCCGUGGAGAUGAGAGUGACCACUGGGUCUCCUCCUGCUUGUGCUGACUGUAAAGAUUAAACUUGUCCUUCCUGCA